CCCACCUUUUCCCUUCCCCGGCCAGUUCUGAAAAACUCCCCACUUCCCACCGUCACCGACCUCAACCCUUCCCCACUCGUCCGCUACAACCACCAUCCUCACCCCCACGAAUCAAUCGACAUCAAGGGCGAGGACCUCAUCUCGAGCGAAGGGUUCACAAACCCAAGGAAAGAACCGCCAUCUAGAACUCCUGUAUUGCUCACCACCGUCCUCCUCAAGGUUUUAAGGUCCAUGGUUCGUACAAGCUUAACAAAAAUGGCAGAAAGGGCAUUCAAACUACAAAUUCGAGUUUGCAAGCACAUUCGAGCACAGUAUUCUGUGUGCUCAUAUUUCAAAAAGGUUGUAAGCUUGAUGAAAGCUGCAUUGAUAAAUAAUCAAUUGGAAGAGUUCAGGGUGUUCCCCAACAGUGUGGAGGGUAUUAAAUUAAACUUGAUUUACAUUUUUUUUUAAUAUUUUUUUUAAAUAGAAGCAUGUUUUUUUAUUAAUAACAGAGAAAACAGUACAAUGCGACAAAGAGAAAACAAAGAAAAAUGAAAAGCGGUACAAAAGGAAAACAGAGGAAACUAAAAAAUAACUAAUCCCAAGGAUAGUCUCUGGAUUGAGACCUUGUUCUCAUACUAUGCCGCCUUUUGUUCUUUUGAGUUUUUCUGUAAAUUUUCAG